UUCUCUUCUGCGCACAGCAUUGGCGUAUAACUGAGGAACGAACGGAAUCGAGACAGGGAGAGAUAGAAUCAGUGGGAGAGAGAGAGGGAAGAAAUAAUGACGAUGAAGGUAAGGAGGAAGAGCUGCUUCGGGUCAAUUUGUGACGAUGGAAAGGAGGAGGCGGAGAAGAUAUCAAAAGAUGAAGCCAAAGAUCUAACCAUGUCCAUAACCGGCCUUCUUCCUUCCCUCGGCGCCCGCAGCAAUCGCAGAGUCAAGCUUCGCCCCUUCAUCGUUUCCCCCUUCGAUCCCCGCUACAGAUGCUGGGAUACAUUUCUGGUAUUUCUGGUGUUCUACACAGCGUGGGUGUCUCCAUUCGAAUUUGGGUUUCUGGACCAACCGAAGGGACCUCUCUCCAUUGCAGACAACAUUGUGAAUGGGUUUUUUGCGAUAGAUAUCAUAUUGACCUUCUUUGUUGCGUAUCUUGAUAAGGCUUCUUACCUUCUCAUUGACGACCCAAAGCAGAUUGCAGGCAAGUAUGCAAAAUCUUGGUUGGCCUUCGAUGUCAUUUCCACAAUCCCUUCUGAGAUUGCCCGAAAGUGUUUGCCUGAACCUCUUCAAGCAUAUGGCUAUUUCAAUAUGCUUCGUCUCUGGCGUUUGCGAAGAGUCAGCUCCAUUUUUGCCAGAUUGGAGAAAGACAGGAGCUAUAGCUACUUCUGGGUUCGAUGUGUGAAGCUUGUUUGUGUCACUCUUUUUUCAGUUCAUUGCGCUGGAUGCUUUUUCUAUCUCCUAGCUGAACAGUACCCGGACCCUAAAAAAACUUGGUUUGCUCUUGCCAUAGAAAAUUUUGAAGAGCAGACCGUGUUGGACCGGUAUCUGACGGCCAUGUACUGGUCCAUAACCACUCUGUCAACUACCGGUUAUGGUGAUUUGCAUGCUGUUAAUUCGAGAGAGAUGACAUUUGACAUCUUCUACAUGCUCUUUAAUAUUGGGUUGACUGCAUAUUUGAUUGGAAAUAUGACCAACUUGGUUGUCCAUGGUACCAGUCGAACUAGAAAAUUUAGAGACACUAUACAAGCUGUCACAAGUUUUUCUCAAAGAAACCAACUUCCUGUACGCCUGCAGGAGCAGAUGCUUGCUCACUUGUGUUUGAAGUAUAAAGCUGAUUCAGAAGGGCUGCAGCAACAAGAGAUUAUAGAUGCCCUUCCUAAAGCCAUCCAGUCAAGUAUUGCACACUUCCUCUUCUAUUCACUCGUUGAUCAAGUGUACUUGUUUCAUGGGGUGUCAAACGAUUUACUUUUCCAACUGGUUUCAGAGAUGAAAGCUGAGUAUUUUCCACCCAAAGAAGAUGUGAUUUUGCAGAAUGAAGCACCCACAGACUUGUAUGUACUGGUUACUGGUGCUGUGGAUCUUAUCUCGCAUAAGAAUGGAGCAGAGCAGGUUGUUGGAGCCGCACAGACAGGAGAUGUCUGUGGUGAGGUAGGCCUGCUUUGUUACAGACCACAACUGUUCACAGUAAGGACCAGAAGACUGAGUCAGCUGCUGCGGUUGAAUCGUACUGCAUUCUUAAAUAUUGUUCAGGCAAAUGUUGGAGAUGGGACAAUAAUCAUGAACAAUCUUCUCCAGCAUUUGAAAGAGCAGAAGAACCCACUGAUGGAAGAAAUUUUGAGAGAUAUAGAGGAAAAGCUAGCUCGAGGCAGAAUGGAUUUGCCUCUAAGUUUAUGUUUUGCAGUGGCAAGAGGGGAUGAUGUAUUGUUGCAGCACUUACUGAGAAGAGGUUUGGAUCCAAAUGAAUCAGACAGCAACGGGCGAACAGCCCUGCACGUUGCAGCAUCCACGGGAAGUGAGGAUUGUAUGCUUCUGCUUUUAGAAUAUGGAGCAGAUCCUAACAUUAAAGAUUCAAAAGGAAAUGUUCCCUUAUGGGAUGCAAUAGUGGGAAGGCACGACUCGGUGAUCAAAAUACUCAUAAACAAUGGUGCAACGAUAUCUUCUGGUGAUGUGGGCCAGUUUGCAUGCACUGCAGUUGAGCAAAACAACUUAGAUAUGCUCAAGGACAUUGCAGAGUACGGCGGUGAUGUUACACUGCCCAAUAGAAGUGGAACUACUGCACUUCACACAGCUAUUUGUGAAGGAAACACUGAUAUAGUUGUGUUUUUGUUAAAACAAGGAGCUGAUAUUGAGAAGCCAGAUAUCAACGGAUGGACUCCAAGGGCUCUGGCAGAUCAUCAAGGCCACGAAGAAAUCAAGACUCUGUUCCAAACCAAGAAGGAAACUGAAAAAGCACAUGUUUUCAUGGUACCUAAUCUGCAUAGCACCAACACCCUUGGGAAAUUCAAGAGUGAUCCUUUGAUGCCUCCAUUUUCCCGUGAAGCCCUGCCACCUCUCCCAGAUAUGUCUUGGGCGGAGAAACGUUGGAGGCGAAGGGUCAACAAUUUUAACAAUUCCCUGUUUGGAAUCAUGUCAGGUGCCAAUGCAAGUGAUAUUGGCGUUGUUCCAUCCGGAAGCAGCUUUGCGAGUCACCAUACUUAUGGGAGCUAUGCAGCGAGAGUGACACUUAGCUGCUCGGAAAAAGGCAAAGCUGCUGGAAAGCUUGUGCUUCUGCCAGACUCCCUUCCAGAACUACUCGAGAUUGCUGCCAAAAAAUUUGGUUUCCUCCCUACCAAAGUUCUAACCGAAGAUGGAGCUGAAAUUGAAGACAUAGAUCUUAUAAGGGAUGGUGACCAUCUUGUUGUAGCCUGUGAUGGUGACGUUGAAAGCCCUAAAACCCAAAAUGUUGAGGAAUCAUGGAACUCAACUUCUCCCUCCCAUAUUCAAACUGGCACAUAGAUAUUUGCCAAGAGGCACACCAUCAUAUAUUGCAAGUGUAUUUGAGCAUGAAAAGAAAA